UAACAAUGAAUGUUGUUGGAUUCCUCAUUACAACUGUCUCCAUAACACGUCCUGUGCUGGGUGCCAUUUCAUGCAAUGAUAUAUUUGAAAAAGCUAAAACCAACACACUGGAUUGUUCACACUGCGCGCCUGAAAUAAACCCAGCAUGCCGGAUAAAUUUGCAGCACAUAGAACCACAUCACCUUGCUCCAUACCUAAACAUCUUGCAGACAACGUCUCUAAUAGGUUGUUUCUAUUCCGAGUAUACCAAACACUAUGGCGAAGACUAUUUCAACAAAACAUCUCACGUCAUCGCCAUUUGUAAACCUGGAACGAUGUGCUCUAAUUUACGUCACAUGGACAGCUAUGAAAGAGGCUGCUACAGCUACAUCUCAAAUGAUACUGCUCACCACCAGACCUGCAGUAAUGACUUCUGUAACAACAUGACUUCAACAGAUUGUCAAUAUAUUUCCACUAAAAUCAUCCAAGCUACAGGACACACUAAAAUUCAACAUAUCUUAAGAUGCCUUACUUUAAUUUUGUAUACAUAUACAGUAAAAUGCCUUAUCGCAGAUCAUGAGAUAAGGAUUAACGUACGUACAGUUACAAUAUCAAGGUAUGCCAAUGCCAGAAACCAUAGAACCCUGUAUUUCAAUCCGAUAAUGAUGUUCCUUGUUGUGUCCUUGAUUUCUAUAGCCUCAAUAGCAAGUCCUGUGUUGGGCGCCAUUUCAUGCAAUGAUAUAUUUGAAAAAGCUAAAACCAAUACACUGGAUUGUUCACACUGCGCUCCCGAGAUAAACCCAGCAUGCCGGAUAAAUAUGCAGCACAUAGAACCACAUCACCUUGCAAGAUACUUGGACAUCUUGCGAACAACGUCUCUAGUGGCUUGUUUCUAUUCUGAGUAUACCAAACACUAUGGUGAAGACUAUUUCAACAAAACAUCUCACGUCAUCGCUAUUUGUAAACCUGGAACGAUGUGCUCUAACGUACGACACACGGACGCCUAUGAAAGAGGCUGCUACAACUCCAAAAAUCAUGCACAUCACCAGACCUGCGGAAGAGAUUUCUGUAACAACAUGACUUCGACAGAAAUGGUUUUGGUGAAUAAUAUUCUUAGCUAUUUACCGACAACCACCACUACCACAACAACAACCACCACCACCACAACAACAACACCAAAGCCGACAACCACCACAACAACACCAAAACCAACAACAACAACACAGUCAACGACAACAACAACACCAAAGCCAACAACAACACCAAUGCCAACAACAACACCAAUGCCAACAACAACAACACAGUCAACAACAACAACACCAAAGCCAACAACAACACCAAAACCACCAACAACAACACAGUCAACAACAACACCAAUGCCAACAACAACAACACCAAUGCCAACAACAACAACACCAAUGCCAACAACAACAACACCAAUGCCAACAACUACAACAAUGCCAACAACAACAACAACACCAAUGACAACAACACCUGAACCAACAACCACCAGCACAACAGCUCCUACUACAACAAGUACACCUUCCACAACAAAAGCUUCUAGCACAACAAAACCUAGCACAGCUACAACUGCUAAACCUUCGACAGUUACAAACACUACAGCACAAACAGUUGUGAGCUGCCCUAAUAGCCCUCAGCAUGUGUGUCGGGAUGACUUAUCGUUCUGUUCAUAUUAUAAUUCACUGACUGGUGCCUGCAGUAGACCUAUCGAUAAGACCUCAGAGGACUUCUUCAACAGAUGUUCGCUUUUCUGUAAAAGAUGCUCAGAGUAUUGUCAGUACCUUUCUGCCAAAACGACCCAACCACCAGUGACCCGGCAUUGUCACCAGUGCGGGGACCCCCGUACCUCUACCCCCUGCUCCACCCUGGAGGUUUACACCGGACCCUCGACAGCCUGUCCCUCGGGACUGGACUUCUGUAUGACAGACAUACACCAUGAUCUCCAUGGUAAUGACAACAUCCUCAAGAGGUGUGUGAGCAGACAGGAGUGUGAAACCCUAUGGUUGUCUCAGACUUCUGAUCAGGAUCACUGUAUUAACUUCGGUCAAGUUCCAGUCAGUGGAGAGUAUACUUGUCACUACUGCUGUACAAAGGAUGGGUGUAAUGCAAGGGUUCUCCCUGACCACAGUACUCUUUUCACCAAAACAUAACGCAUAGUCUCCUAAGGAAAUUAUGUUCCAAGUUUAAAUAAAAUACUACAUA